AAAAAUAGACGUCGCGGGUGUUUAUAACGCCGGCACAGAUCGAUAUUACGUUGUGUGUGUGUGUAUACCAAGGAUAUAUAGCUAGGAGAUACGUUUAGACUCGAGAGGGAGAGCCCUUGUCUGAUACAUUCUCCUCAGCAGUGUAAUAACAUUUUCCAUCCGGCACAGUCUCUCUCCUAUUAUUAUAUACUAUGGGAGCUGUCGGCGCGCAUCUGUCUAAUGCAGAACCCCCUCCCUCUCAGCUUCUUUAAUACCAUUCCCAAUCAUCCCCUUUGAUUAUGUCUGUGCUCGUCGGCUUUCGGCUUGGCUGAUUGCUACUGUCAAACGCUCAUUUACGAGAGAUCUUUUUAUUCGCUCGUCUUUCUCUAGUGACGACAGAGAAUUUGUAUGGGGGGUAGUUACAUAUAGUGUCCAAGAACAUUGGAAAUCAAUAAAUCAUGGCUAGUUGUUGGUUUGAAUGAUUUACACUAUAACGUUUUUGAAAAAAACAAGCAGCAUCUGCUAAUAAUAAAAGUUGAAGACUUUUGGGUGCUGGAACCGACCGGAAAGAUCAAUACGGUCUGGCCUGUGCCGAAACUUGAAAGGAAAUGAAAGUCUGAAAAAGAAAAGGGUGGGGGGAAAAUUAUAUAAAGAACCGUCGGUGGGAGCGAGAUAUAAUGCCAUAUAUACUAGUAGUAGUAGUAGUAUAUGUCGUCGUCAGCAGACGAAGUAGAUCCUACGGAGUGAGUCACCCAGGCCCCCCCCGUCACAGUUUGUGGCGCGCAGGAUCGCCCUUUUCCUCCCUCCUACACCUCCCACCCUCUUCAUGGGUGGGAUUCCUCUCACCCUCUCUAUAUAUAGUGGGGGGUAGGGGGGGAGGCAAGAUGGACGUAUUGAUCGGCGUCGACUCCCGUUAUAUACCAUCGACUGGUCCCGUCUGUGCUGUCAGGAUAAGGUGGGAGGAGCUUCCCAGUGGUGAGGAGGGGGGAGUCCUACGAUGAUUCACCCCAUGAGGGAGUCCAGGUAUCGGCGGACCAAAGUCCAACGUGUGUUUUACUUCUUCCAUUCUCCCAUCAUAGCGGGUCGUGUUCCCGGCCGUGGCGGAAGCCGCAGUUUUGACAUCGCCACUUUUUCGGACGAUCCUCAUCAUUCAUUCACUCGGUCCGCAGUAAGAAUUAUUCAUUUUGUCCUUGUUUCACUGGAACUGUACUAAACAAAAGGAUCGUUUUGGUUGUUCUCAGAAAUUUUUGUUCCGCUUCCGGCCGAGGAUUUUGGUGUGUACAAAAGUGAGAAACAACAGGAGGAGUUGAGGAUUGCGAAAAAAGCGGAUGGCUUCCGCCGUAAGGAUCCGCUAUGUUUACGAGACGUCGUUUUUUGACGGACGCAACGCCGAUUGGACGUCCCAGCAGCCGGAGGAGGACCCUAAUCCAUCGGAACAAGUUGAUUCUGCAAUAAAUCAUCCGAUCGUGCGGAAGAUCCAGCAGGCCGUCAUCAGAGCCAGGAAAGCGGUAGUGGCUUCUUCUUCUUCGUCCAGCAGCAAUCCAAAUAUUGACAUGACUGCCGGCCACUCGUCGCUGAUGGAGGAAAGAGAACAGCAGCGAUCGCCCAGCAUUUCCAGCUUGCAGACCAGCAGCAUGUGCAGUUCGGAAGAAGCCGAUCCGGACGGCCGGAUUCUCCUCAAUCGUUCCCGAUCCCUCCAGCAAACGCAUCAUCUUUUUCAUCAUUCGGUUGAUUCGCAUCAUCAUCAUCACCGAGGAUUCUCGCUCCACCUGUCGCCAAAACAAAGGACCAAAAUUAGCGAGGCCGUCCUGUCGCCCAUCUCCGACAAAUCGGAAAACGAAACAUGUCAAAUGCUCACGACAUCAACAACAACAACGCCGACAACAACCACACAAGUUCCUGCAACCACGUCGGCAGUUGCGUCGUCGUUCGAGUUCAAUUCGGUUCUCAGCCAUCGACGACGCCCCCCUCAAUCACUUUUCCCGAGCAUCAUCAGCAGUCGGCCCGUCGGCGGAAGUGCCGGCGGCGGUUUCAACAGCUCCGACAGCGGGAUCUCAAUCUCGGCCAACUCUUUGGUAACCAACGACUCUCACGAAGCUCUGCAACCGCUCCACAAGCCGCCGCUCCACCUCUCGCUCGACAAUAGUCACGAAUUUCUUUCUUCAACGUCGUCCGAUCCGCCGGAAGAGAGUCUUCCGUUUCUCAUGCCUAAAUUACGUCGUGGAACCAACGACAUCCAGAACGGCAGCAGCGUGUUGAAGCCGCAAUUCACGGGCGGUACGGGCGGCGGCGGCCAGCGUCAGCUUUCACUCACGCUGCCUUUCCCUACGCUGCAGAGCCUUGCGUUCGUUGCGCCUGCCGUCGGCUUCAAGGACUUGGUCGACGACACCAUUCCCCUCAACAUUCAAAGUUGGUAUCACGGUUCCAUCACGAGACGAGAUGCUGAAAAACGGCUAAGACCUGCGCCGGCGGGUUCGUUUCUUGUCCGCGACUCGAUGGCCAGUCAUGACGACUACUUUCUAGCUGCCAGAGGUGAAAAUGGUUUCCUACACGUCCGUAUCUGCUGUCACAACUUGAGGCCUGGUGAAGAAGUAGAAGAAAACGAUCCCGUUUCAACUGGUCAACAUUUCACGCUGGCCACACUGCCGGACCGUCGUUUCGACUCGGUGGCAGCGGCCGUCAAUCAUUGUGCCAAUAUCGGUGUCUACUCCAGGCACCUUCCGCCCGUCAUUCUCAAAUAUCCUUUGACCGAAGAGUCCGUUUAGAUGAGUGCUAUAUUUUUUAUUGAUAUUCAUCAUUAGACGACAACACAAAACACACACACACACACGGAAUGACAGGGCCCCCUAAAAAGUAAACUGAUGGGAAAAGAAAUAGUUUUUAAAAACGACAUAACGUAAUUCGUAACAUAUCAAAAACACGGAGAAUGUAUUAUUAGGGCGUGUCUGCGGUAUAUACCUGUUGUGUUGGUUUCCCCCUCGUCAAUUUUCCCUUUAUUUUUUACGGGUCACACACAUUUUUUCGAACGUGAACCUAUUCAAUGUAAACCACUUUUAUUUUUAUCGGUUGUUUUGUUUGGAGGAGAGAACCAGUAAAUAAAAAUU